UUAUAGCACCUGACAGAAAACCGGUAAGCUAGCUGCAGGCACGACGUAUUGAAUCUAUCUGCCGCGGGAGUGUUCAACAGGCUGGCUAGAGACAAAGAGUGAAGUAAUCUUCUAAUAACAAUAAUUUUUCCGUGGACUCUUGGUUCUAAACUAAACUAACAAUGUCGCAGUCCAUCGUAAAGCCACAACUAGAACACACGAGCGUGGACAUGGAAAUGCCGACAAGUACUGUUGUAUUUGUAUUCGUCUUGAAAUUUWUUUUUACUUGGUUCGGAGUUCUGGAGAAUCUCAUCGUUUGUUACGUAAUGAUACGAAGCAAACGCAUUUGGAAAAACAUGUCAAACUUCUUGAUAUUUCAUCURUCUUUCACCGACAUUGUCUUUCGUGCUGUGAUUUCGCCACUGGAGAUGAAUUUAGUCACACCAGACGUUAAUUCAAGCAGUGACGGACAAAUACAAUGUAGGACUUUGAACUUCAUGUCUCGCACUUGCUCUGCAGCUAUUUUCCUUACCUUGCUGGCGAUUUCUAUUGACAGAUAUAGAAAUAUUUUAAGUCCUUUGAAAGCUAGAAUCCAGAAACAACGCCGUGCCUUGGCUGUUGGUUUGGUUUGGCUWUGUGCUGGUGCUGCGUCUGUCUGGUUCAUUCCUUCCACAGACGUCAUAAUUGCUCGUUUCGAGAAAUACCAAGAUUUUGAAAACACGACUGGAGCUGAGUACGAAUCCAAGAAUAUGUGCCUGCUACGAAAAGGCUUGAAAACACAAGUGGCUUUAACGUUAUAUUUCACUACAGCGUUUGCAAUCCCGCUUGUUUUGAUCACUGUUUUGUAUACAAGAAUAAUMAUCUACCUUUGGAGAAGGAGCAAGAAAGGUAUGAUAUCUGGACAGGUCGCGUUUGCCAAGUCUAAGUCAAUUCGAAUGAUGGCAAUAGUAGUCUUCGGGUUUGCUCUCACUUCUGGCCCCGUAAUUAUCGUUGACAUGCUGUUUUAUUUCUUCAGUUCCGAGACCUUGAACGAUCCGAAGAAGCAUGUUCUAGCAACGUCAGGCGCUAAUCUACUCCAGCAUUGUAGCUCGCUCAUCAAUCCUGUUAUCUACUGUUUUUACAGUGAGGAGUUCCGAAAAGAUGCAGUGAAUCUGUGUUUUUGUCUCUGUAGAAAGUGGAAGUUUUUGUCUUUAAGGAAAAAACUGGGGAUUUGUAGCGAGAGAGGAAGUGCUACAGAUGUCAGCCAAAAAGGGGGAUGUCUUCUGGGGAUCUCUGAGCAAAAGAGCACAAGUCAAAGUCAAAUCACAUUACAAGAAAAAUUGGACGGCGAUUGAGAACAAGAAAUAUUACUUGAAAUAAUAACGGAGUUUUUAUUUGAGUUUAUAGUUUCGAGAGAGGACCUUUGAUUUCCCUCCUUGGACAACGCUUGAGACUAGGAAUACUACUAGUUUUUUUUUUUCUUUUCUUUUCUUUUUUUGUUUGAGAACUAGAAAUACUACUUUUUUAUGAUUUAAAAAUAAUAACGUAACAGAUUUUUAUAGUUGAGUUACUAGAGAGGACCUUUGAUUUCCUUCCUUGGACGACGCUUGAGAACUCAGUACAUACUACUUGUUUUUUUCUUGAGAACUGGAAAUACUACUUCUUUUUAUUUAGUA